AUGGCCGAGCUGGUUGUCACGGACCUGUGCCCUAAGAUGAAGAUCUACUCGGUGGCAAACGUGUUGUCCGCGGACGAGGCGCAGCAGCUCAUCGAGGCCGGCGAGGCGCGCGGGUUCAAGGACUCGUCUCCCAGCGGGGGUGGUCACGGGCGGACGGGGCGCGAGGACGCGCGGACCUCCCAGUUUUCCGUUCUCGUCGACCAGGACAAGUUGGCCCAGCUGCUGUGGGACAGGCUCAAGCCCAGCGUGCCGCCGGACUGCACCCACCUGUCCGCGAGCGGCUACUUACCGCACGAGCAGAAUCGCCGCUCUUGGGCUCCCGUGGGCGUCAACCCGCGGCUUCGGCUGUACAAGUGUAAGCGCGCGCGGAUCCGAACCCCCAUCCUGCAUGCCCGCCGCGACGAUCGCGGACAGUGCUUCCCAGAGCACAUUGAUUACAAGAUGCGCCGCGAGGUGUGGCGCGGCGGCGCCAAGCACGAGCAGAUGACGUUCUUGAGCAAGAAGGGCAAGGCGCAGGCCAAGGGCAGGGAGCGGGCGAGGCAUGCGGCUUGGCGGGAGGCAGUCCGCUUCGUGGCGGUGAGCCAGGAUGGCGCCGGCGCCUUCCUCAACGCCAUCCCAAUGCGGGAUGACAUGCGAAUGGAGACUUGGGCGAUGCGUCUUUCGGUGCAGCGCCGCCUGGGUCUCCCCCUCGACGUGGCCUGCCAGGCCGCGGCGGCGGGCAAGAAGACUCGGAAUGGGAAGACCCACGACGAGUAUGGCGACGCUGCUGUCAACGUACCGCAGCAGGGCCACAACACCAGACACAAGUACACGCUUCGACGCCUCAUCCUCGCCCUACGCGCCGCGUGGGGCACCGCUGUGCGAAUGGAGCCGAAAGCCCACCUCGGUCAGAGUUACAACAAACAACCCGACGUGGACGCGGACAACAUUGGCUCGCACGGCACGCACUAUUGCGGAGACGUCAAGGUCGUCUGUUCCCUCAGCAGCAGCGGGGAGCACGGUCGGAAGGGCGCUUUUGUCGCUUUCGGCAACACUGAAUCAUUCUACCGGAACAUGGGCGUCGAAGUGCAGCUGCUGCUGUUCGAAUCGUUCGGCGGGUUCGGAAAGGGGGUCCGUGAGAUCCUCCGGAGAGCGGCGGACGUGCUACAGAACAAGCUGACGCGGGCCCAGUACCUCGAUGAGGUGACUUGGACCACCAAGAGCUGGCUGGGGCUGCAGAAGCAGCGCAUCUCAGUCGUUCUUCACACGGCCAUCGCAGAGCAGGUCGUGAAUGAGCUUGCCUGUGGCGGGGGUGGGCGGGUGCACGGAGCUAAUGUUGUGCGAGGGAGUUUUGUUGUAAAAUUCUUGAGUGUGGUGGUGUACCUCAAGACUUCGCCGGCGGGCAGACCGGCUUCUGGACCAGUCACGACGCCGGGCAAGAAGGAGCACUGCCGAUUCCUGCGUGACUGUGAGGCCAAGCCGCACGACCUGGUGGUGACGCCCGCGACGGGCAUGGCCUGCUGCAUGGACCAAAACUUGCUGCACGAGGGGCUGCCCGUGACGGCCGGCGUCAAGUACGUGCUGCGCACCGACUUUGUGCACGAGCGCGCGCUGCCGGCGCCCCACCCCAAGCUGGCGGGCCGGGGUGGUGGUGGAGGCAAUGCCAGCCCGCCCCCUGACGGCGCGUCUGAGUGGGAACGGCUGUUUGAGACGAGCUGCAAGAAUUACGCGGACUAA